GUAAGAAGUUAUGUCAAAAUUGUUAGGCUGUUCUAACCCAAAUAUGUGAACUGAACCAGUCAACAUGUGUUCUAUUUAGCGAAUGAAAAAUAUUAUCAGAAAAUACGUCAAUAAUUAAACAAAUUCCACCAGAAGAUAAUGGUAUGUUAUAAAAUAAAACCAAAGAGGACAAAUCGUUGUUGACCAGACGGGUCACAAAUCUCAAAGUGCAACUCAACACUUUUUAUUUUCGUACAUGAGCUGUUCUUUUUUGCGCAGUUAAUCAGAUACAAUUUAACCAAAUUGAAAAAGUAAAUGAAAUUUUGAAAUUUCCGAAUGACAUGGCACUGCUUAUGCGCACUUAAUAACGCGGAUGUUGUUCCUAUGUCGCGAAUGUUGUUAUUCGUAUCAAAUUUAAAUUGUUUACCACAGAAAAAAUUGCAUUUUUUUCUCUCCCACACAAUUUUCAACCGUUCCGAACAAUUUAAACCAUCAGAAAAUUCAAUUCCAUUUUCAUAAAAUGAGUAGUGACGUGGUUCGAUGGUUAUCCAUCGACAAAAAAUGUAAUGAAAAUGAGCGUGAUCGUUGCAAUAGUCAAUUGCAUGAUCGAAUAAGUGAUAAUGUAGUUAAAUCGAUAGUGCUAAAGUUAGUGUUUUUAGUGUUGGUGAUAAAUUUCAACGUAGGAUUAGUGAUAGCUGAUACAGAUGUGUUUGGACCGGACGACGAUGGCCACGGUCAUUACACACCGCAUUGGGCUGUACAUAUACCAGAUGCAUCGGAAGACGCGGCGCAACGAAUCGCCGACGAGCAUGGUUUUAUUUAUUUAGGAAAGAUUAUCGAUGACUAUUAUCAUUUUCAUCACAAUUCCGUAUCGAAACGUUCAAUAAGUGUAUCACAUCGGCACCAAAGUCGACUAGACGAAGACUAUCGAGUGCGAUGGGCGAAACAGCAACGUGCCAAAUCUCGACGAAAACGAGACUUUCUUAGAAUUAGACAACCACAAAGCUUACAGUCCAACUAUAUGCCAUGGAAUGACCCUAAAUGGACUCAUAUGUGGUAUUUGAAUCGGGGGAAUGGUCUUGACAUGAAUGUAAUACCAGCAUGGAAGGAAGGAAUCACCGGCAAAGGCAUUGUCGUGACAAUAUUGGACGAUGGACUGGAAUCCGAUCAUCCAGAUCUACAGCAAAACUACGACCCUAAAGCAUCCUAUGACGUGAAUGGUGCUGACUUCGAUCCAAUGCCACACUACGAUAUGACCGAUUCGAAUCGUCAUGGAACCCGCUGUGCCGGCGAAGUAGCCGCAACGGCAAACAAUUCCUUGUGUGCCGUUGGAAUUGCCUACGAGGCACGUGUCGGUGGCGUUCGAAUGCUGGAUGGUGAUGUAACCGAUCUGGUGGAGGCAAAAUCGUUAGGCCUGAAUCCGCAGCACAUCGACAUUUAUAGUGCCUCCUGGGGACCGGACGAUGAUGGCAAAACGGUUGAUGGGCCGGGUGAAAUGGCAACGUUAGCCUUUUCAGAAGGUGUGAAAAAGGGACGAAAUGGCAAAGGAAGCAUAUUUAUAUGGGCCUCGGGUAACGGAGGUCGCGAACAUGAUAAUUGCAACUGUGAUGGAUACACCAAUUCAAUAUGGACAUUGUCCAUAUCUAGUGCAACUGAGGGUGGCGAAGUGCCUUGGUACUCGGAAAAAUGUAGUUCUACGCUAGCGACGACGUACAGCAGUGGUGGUCAAGGUGAAAAGCAAGUUGUCACAACUGAUUUACAUCACACGUGCACAACGUCACAUACAGGCACAUCAGCGUCGGCACCCCUUGCUGCUGGCAUUGCGGCACUUGUUUUAGAAGCGAAUAGUAACCUUACGUGGCGUGACUUACAGCAUAUUGUUGUAAGAACUGCGAAGCCAGGCAAUUUAAAAGAUUCCACAUGGUCGAAAAAUGGAGUCGGUCGUCGAGUUAGUCAUUCAUUCGGCUAUGGUCUCAUGGAUGCUGCAGCAAUGGUCCGACUGGCACGUACGUGGAAAACCGUUCCGGAACAAAAUAAAUGCGAAAUCAACGCACCGCAUCUAGACAAAACGAUACCACCCAAAGGCUACAUAACACUUCAAUUGACUGUACAACACUGUAAAGGAGUCAAUUAUUUGGAACAUGUCCAAGCAAAGAUUACAUUAACAUCACAACGUCGGGGUGACAUACAAAUUUACUUAAAAUCACCGGCAGGCACUAAGGUCUGCCUGCUUACAUCAAGGUCUCAUGACGUAUCACGUUCCGGUUUCAAUCAAUGGCCUUUUAUGAGUGUACACACAUGGGGUGAAGCACCACACGGUAAUUGGCAGCUGGAAAUUCACAACGAAGGACGCUAUAUCGUGAACGCUCUUCUGAAAGGAUGGUCGUUAAUAUUCUACGGUACGGCGACACCAAUAGACAAAAAUGAUCCGAUCUCGGUGCAAAUAGUUCCGCCACAACAGCAUUCCAUGAAUAACUACCCGAUAAUUGUGCUGAAUAAACCGAAUGGCGGAAAAGGGAAUCGAAAGCAGCAUCAGCAGAAAGGUGUGUCGUCGGCACCGUUUAUUCUGGUAUCACCGAGGAAGAACCAAAAAAAUCAGAAAAACAAUGCCGGCAAAAAUUGGAAACGAACGACGACAGCAAGACCGAUCCAAACGAAUCAGUCGACCACACCGUACUAUUACGUCGAUCGAAAUCGGAAAUUGGAAACGUUUUGGAAGGUACCGGCAACGACACCGAAACCAUUACAAAUUACCAACAAUGUGUACCAAAAAGGGGACAAAUUCAUUUACGACAAAGUUCCCAACAAAGCGCCGAAACAAGUGAAAGAAAACGCAUUCACCACGUCGGACAAUGAUUUCGAUAAAAAUGAAAGAAAUCCACCGCCCACUUCCAAUCCAAACAUUCCGAAGCUAUUCCAAAAAUACGAAAAAGUGCAGGAAAUCUAUCCGGAAUUCCAUCCGUAUGAUGGACCUAAAUAUGCCACACGCGGUCCAUAUGCGGUAUCGAUUAAUAGCAACGGUAAACCGUCACGUGAAAAUUCGAAAAGUUUUUUCUUCGGCGACACACAACAGUAUCCCGCAUCGACAGCACAAAAGAAAAGUUCGUUGGCAUUGACCUCACAACAAUUGCGGACAUCCAAUUCUCGGAUUCCGAUUCAGUCGAAUGUUAAGGGACAAAUAACCCAAUGGGACUUAAUAUUCCACGGUACCGACGACCCAGUGCAACCGAAUGAUCCACCACGUAAACCGAAAACUGGUCUCGAUUUAUCAUAUGGUGGUGAAUUGGGACACAAUUCAUUAGAAUUUGAUUCAGAUCCAGCCAGUGGAAUGUGGAGGGAUAUGCAACAGAUUGGUGAAAGCCAUGUAGACGUUCAACGAACCGCAUCCAAAGACGAGACUGGCACAGCAUGCAGGAAUUUUGCACCGAACAAACAAUGCAUAGAAUGCUUCCAGAGCACAUUCCUCUACGAAGGUCGAUGCUACACAGCCUGUCCGCAACGAUCGUUUAUGGUGCCCGAACAAGCAAAAUCGCCGUCCCUUUCUCUGCGAAGAAGCCUUGUCAACGAACGAGCCAUUGAACCAUCCAUUCCGCAGAAACAAUGCGACACAUGCCACUUUUCCUGUUUGAACUGUCGUGGUCCCAACGAUUACGAUUGCACCGAAUGUACGCCCGACUCGGCGCUGACAGUGAAAUCGCUGAACGAAUCGUACUGUUCGUCGCUAAAUCAACAAUUGCCGGUGCAUGAUUCGAACGCCGUUGGCUCAACAUAUGUGUUUCUAUUGAUACUUGGACCGGCAAUUGUUGUACUUAUUUUCGUUGUUAUUGUGUCGUGUGUCAUUAAGACGAAGUUGUGUGGAGAGUCGCGGAAGCAGGACUAUAUUUACGAUCGCAUCAAUUUCGAUGCACAGAAUGACGACGUUGAAUUGCGAAUCGACGAUAUACCAAUUAAUAUGAGCGGUGGUAGUGAUGAUGAAAGUGACUGAUUUAGAGCGUAGAGUGUAUAGUAUUAAUAUUGUUACAGUUAAAGGAAAGGAAAAUAAAUUAAUUUUAGAAAGAAA